UGGAUGGUCCGGUAUUUUCAUUCGUGGUAUUCGGUUUCCAGCAGGACAUGUGUUGUUUUAUUUAAUGAAGUUUUUCCUUCAUUCAAUCAAAGGUCUGUUAUACAAUGCAUUAACAAAGGAGUAUUGUGGAAUACAUGGGAACCUGUCAGAGAGACUUUUACUUUCAUCUUGAAGAAUACAUCAUAGGAAAUGAAUAAAGUGUAAUUCUGGAUGCCCUCUUGCAUCAUCGACUGUUUAUCGAUACCAGUGCACAGAAGGGCAACACCGUCGGCUAAAGAACAGCUUCACCAAUGAGUCGUCAAUCUUUGUCACGUAAAGCAUCGGUUAGCCGGAAGCUGUCGUCUGACAAGAGGGACCAAAAGAGCAAAGACCAGACACAGACGAAAGGCGGAGCCACACACGAAGACUUUGUCGCUAGGGGCAUCUUCGGCGACGUACCCCUCACCGAUACAGAACGUCGCUUUCUCACAGGAGCUGAAACAGGCAACCUAGAGCAAAUUCAGCUGUGUAUCCGAGAAAAUGGUUCCCUGAACCUGAACUGUCGUGACUACCUUGGCCGCACAGCUCUUCAGUUGGCUGUUCUUGGUGAGCAUUAUGAAGCCAUACAGUUCCUUCUGGACAAAUGUAGCCUUGAUGUGGUUGAAGAAGGACUUCUCCAUGCAAUCAAAACUGAGAAUGUGAAAGUGUGCGACAUGUUUCUGGCACAUCCAAUCUACUCGGACAAGCGAGCUCGGAUGGAGUUGGAAUUUCAGCAUGGUUUCUAUGAUCAAGAAGAAAGUAGUUCCAGCUUCGCACCAGAUAUUACUCCUAUUGUGUUAGCUGCCCAGUGUAACAACUUUGACAUUGUACACAUGUUGAUUCAGAAAGGAUUUACCAUUCAAACACCCCACCAUUACUUCUGUCUCUGUACAGAGUGCACUAACCAUAAAACAUUUGACCGUUUUGUCCACUCCCGGUCACGACUGAAUGCCUACACUGGUCUAGGGAGCUCAGCCUACUUGUCUCUGUCUAGUGAUGACCCUAUAGGGACAGCCUUUGAACUCAGUCGGUCACUGCAGAUCCUGGCGGAGACGGAGAAGGAGUACAAGAACGAGUACAAGGCCCUGAGUGAACAAUGCAAGAGGUAUGCGGUGGAGCUUCUGGAUCUGUGUAGGUCUAACGAGGAAGUCAUGGCAGCCCUUCACGGGGGAUCUAAUGUGCGAGAUCUCUCAAGAAUAAAAAAGGCCAUCAAAUACGAACAGAAGAAGUUCAUUGCACACGCCAGUUCGCAGGAGCAUCUGAUGAGCAUGUGGUACACUGGCGUGCCGUGGUUCCAGCAUCAGCCGGUCAUGAUGAAGCUGUUCCUGGCACCGCUUGGAAUCAUGUUCAUACCUGUCACAGCCAUCGUCUACGUAUUCCUGCCCUACUCCAAGAUUGGUGAGGUAUUGCGGAGCCCUUUCAUGAAGUUCAUGAACUAUAUCUGUUCUUACACGGCGUUCCUCAUCCUGCUGUUCGUGGCCACCACACUUGAGUCUUCUGACCAUGUCGACUUGUUUGAAGGGACAAAGGGUACCGUCAACAGCCUCAUCAUGUUCUAUGUAUUAGGCAUGUUCUGGGCGGAGUGUAAACAGCUGUGGGAGGAAGGUGUGAGAGAAUACUUCUCCCAGAUCUGCAUGUUCUGGGCGGAGUGUAAACAGCUGUGGGAGGAAGGUGUGAGAGAAUACUUCUCCCAGAUCUGCAUGUUCUGGGCGGAGUGUAAACAGCUGUGGGAGGAAGGUGUGAGAGAAUACUUCUUCCAGAUCUGCAUGUUCUGGGCGGAGUGUAAACAGCUGUGGGAGGAAGGUGUGAGAGAAUACUUCUCCCAGAUAUGGAACUACAUGGACAUCAUGAUGUUGGCUCUGUACACGGCCUCGUAUGCGAUAGAGGGGGUUAUCUACACGAAGGCCAGAGACAUUCACACCACCGGUCUGAUAACAAGCGAGGAUGACAGUAUCCCAAACCCUCAGAUACUGUCCAAGGUCCUCUUUUCCGUUGCCAAUGUGCUGAGCUUCGCCAGAAUUGCCUAUAUCCUCCCGGCCAGCGAGACGUUUGGCCAGCUUCAGAUCUCAUAUGGCAGGAUGUUGCAGGAUGUGGGCAAGUUCAUCUUCAUCUACUUCACCGUCAUGAUCGCCUUCAUCUGUGGGCUAACCAGUCUCUACAGCUUAAGUCAGAACAAGCAUUUUUCAAAUUUGAUGCAGACCUCUGGCACCUUGUUCUGGGCAGCUUUCGGGAUGGGAAACUCUGAAGCCCCCCGGAUCAGCGAGGGGGGGUCACACAAAGUGGUGGAGAUGGUGGGGUUUAUCUUGUACGGAGUGUACAUACUGGGAGCUGUGGUGGUCCUCAUCAAUAUGCUCAUUGCCAUGAUGAGUAACACAUUUGAGGAAAUUCAGAUAGACGAAGAUAUGGAGUGGAAGUUUGCACGUGCAAAAUUGUGGAUAUCAUUUGUAGAAGAGGGCACGACUUUGCCUAUUCCCUUCAAUAUUAUUCCGACGCCCAAGUCCAUCCUCAGGUUUAUCCUCUACUUUAAGACCUGCACCAAGGGAAAAACACCAUUUGACAGUGAAGAAUCGGGGAAUGAUGACGAUGGAUUUGAGUUCGAUUAUAAGGCAAUAAUGCAUAAAGUGGUUCUGCGCUAUGUCCACAAGAUAAAGUUCGAAAAGAAAGGAGAAACACUCAAGGACGACAUAACUGAAGCCAAGGACGAGGUGUUAAACCAGUUAAAAGGCUUUUACAGUAAAAUAUCAACAAGAAUGGACGCAUUGGAGAAAACUAUCCAUGAAGUCAAACACUCCGUUGAGAUCAAAGCAGCGGAGCCGCCCUCAACCCAUCAGCCGCAACCACCGUCUCAUUCCAUCAACAGCCCUGCUACUGUACAUAAACAUGGAGGUGCUCGUGCUGACGUUACAUCUCCUAACGUUGUCAGAAAGAGUCCACAACUAGCAAGACCCGACUCAAGAUCCCGAGAAACACGUGUUGGGGUCCAGAUAAAAGCGGGUCCUCAAGGGCCUGGAAAUACUGUGAGCCACCCACAAGGACGACCAGAGCCCAGAGGACAUGGUGUCAACGAAUACAAUCAUCCCAGAGGUCGAGAGUCGAUGAGACAAAGUCCGAGUGCUUUGGGGAGUAGAAGGACACUAUCCCGAGAGAACAUGCCAGAGAACAAGAGAAACAGUGUGAUUAGAAGGACACCAUCUCUUGAGCGCAGGCCCAUGGAUCAAAGCCAAAACCAUACUGUACAACAGCGAACACCCGCCUUUGUUGAAAGACCUCAUGAAAGGAGGGGAGAUGCGAGAUCACCAUCUGAGGAGAGGCCGCCUAUCGACAGGCGUGUUAAUCAACAAUACGCGUACGAUAACUGGCCGCAAGUACAAACAUAUGAGCUGCGCACUGUACAAGGUCCUCAAGGAAGCUAUGCAUGCAGAGAAAGCUCUCUGGAGAGGCAUUUGCGGACGCAGUCCCUCAAUCGACCACCACGUCAAUACACAUCGCCCCAAGACCAUAUGGGUGUUAAGGAAGUCUGAACAGGACUAAAGUCUGGUAACCUUUAUGACCACAUGACGACCUGCAGGCCUUGGACACCUACUCACACGGUGCUGCGCUGGACCUCUGCCCCCUGAGGGUCAGCAUAUUCAUCCGUGAUGGCACGCUCACGGGGUAUUUUGCACCUCUUUGGAUGAUGUAUACUCCCGGGUGUUGGAUUGGGAACCAGAACAUCCUUGUGGUGUUUUGGGCGCCUACCCUGGAUUUGUUUUGAGAACGUUGGUGGUAUAACUUUCCUUGACAGCCCGAAUCCUGGUUGUGUCUUAAAGUACCCACUCUGUAGACGUGCAUUGGGAACCUACCUUGGCAGUGUACUAUGAACCUUCGGAAUUCGUAGGGCGUCUUGGUUUUGCUUUUGGCUCUCACCCUCGGUGUGCACUGGGAACAGUAUGAACAGUUCGUAGGACAUCUUUGCUGUGCUAGUUGGCUCCUACGCUGGCUGGUCAAGGGAGACUUUCCCAGCUAACACACAACGUUUUCGCAACGUUUGUGGGUAGGUUGUAGAUUGGUAACGUCAUGACAGAACGUUAGUAUUACGACAUUUUAUAACGUUAUGU